CUCGCCUCCCUCUGACCUUCUGGAGGAAGUCUCCGUUCAUCCAACACUUCCUCUCUUCUCCGCCACCAGUGCGCCAUGGGAUUUGCAGACCUUCUCAUCCCCCUCCUCUCCCUGGUGACAUCAUCGGUGUGUGCUGGAGUGGGCGGGGCCAGUCAAGGCGGCGCUGUGCUGUGUCCUCUGCAGUGCGUGUGUGAGACGAGGCCCUGGUACACCCCGCAGUCUGUGUAUCACCAGGCCAGGACGGUGGACUGUAAUGAACUCCAUCUGCAGAGAAUACCAGCCAACGUUUCAUCGGACACACAGGUGCUGCUGCUGCAGAGUAACAACAUCUCCUCCAUCACGACCGAACUGCAGCGUCUGACCAACCUGACAGAACUGGACCUGUCACAGAACCACUUCACACAGGUGAGCUCUAUGGGUCUCUCCACUCUGGGCCGCCUGGUGACUCUGUACCUGGAGGAGAACCGGAUCGAGGAGCUGGAGGACUUUAGUCUGAGGAACCUGUCCAGUCUGGAGGAGCUCUACAUCAACCACAACCACAUCUCCUCCAUCGGACCCAAGGCCUUUGCUGGGCUCACCAACCUGCUGCGGCUCCACCUGAACUCCAACCGGCUGGUGGCCAUCGACAGUCGCUGGUUUGAGUCUCUGCCGUCCCUGGAGAUCCUGAUGAUCGGGGAGAACCCAAUCCUGGGUCUGGAGGAGAAGAACUUCCUGCCUCUGUCCCGCCUCCACAGCCUGGUGCUGGCCGGGAUGGGACUGGCCUCCGUCCCCUCCGCCGCCUUCCUGGGCCUCGACUACCUGGAGAGCCUCUCCUUCUACGACAACCGGCUCAGGUCUGUUCCUCGGGACGCUCUGAGCAUGCUCCCUAACCUGAAGUUCCUGGACCUGAACAAGAACCCAAUCGGCCGAGUCCAGCAGGGAGAUUUCCAGAACCUUCAGCACCUGGAAGAGCUCAGUCUGAACAACAUGGAGGAGCUGCUGAUGGUGGAGCGAGCUGCUUUCCAAAACCUUCCAGAAAUCGCCAAACUGGAGCUCUGCAACAACCCCCGACUGUCCUACAUCGACCCGCAGGCCUUCAGUGACCUGUCCUCCCUCCGGACUCUCCUCCUCCACAGUAACCAGCUCAGCCUCCUCUCUGGAGACCUCCUCUCCUCCCUGCCCUCCCUGGAGGAGGUGUCUCUUCACUCCAACCCCCUGCGGUGUGACUGUCUCUCCUCCUGGGGGCCUCACCUCGGCAACCAAUCACAUCUCAAGAUGCUGGAGUCCUCCAUCACCCUUUGCUCCACCCCGCAUCACCUGAUCGGUCGGGAGCUGCAGGAAGUGGUGGCGUUCGCAUGGGGCGGGCCCGGCGGGGGCGGGGCCAACAGCUGCCUGCCUCACAUCUCUCCUCACGCCUUCCCACCUGCCAUGAACGUCAGCGCCGGGCAGCCAAUCACACUGGAGUGCUGGGCGGACGCUGACCCCGCCCCCCAGUUCUACUGGGUGACGCCCACUGGAGACAAG